AUGUCUGAUCUAUUAUCAUCAUCAAGUGAAAUAUUUAUUUUUCUCGUAUUAUUGUUUAUAUGUGUACUAGUCAUUCAUCUGUUAAUUCGAAAACGUUUUAAUUAUUUGCCUGAAAGUGUUGCUGUUAUCUACAUCGGUGCUAUAUUUGGUUUUCUGUUGAAAUUAAGUAAUAAAUGGUUACCACCCACCGCCACACCGUCAGCAAUAUCAUCUCAAUUGUUAAAUUCAAAUUUAUUUUUCAUGUUGUUUCUCCCACCGAUCAUAUUCGAACAAGGUUAUCAUUUACAUAAAGGAAAUUUCUUUAAAAAUCUUGGAACAAUAACAACAUUUGCUAUAUUUGGAACAACAAUCAGCGCAUUAACAACGGGAGUCGGACUUUGGCUAUUGGGUAUAUGGCAUUUGUCCUAUAAACUACCUUGGCGUGAAUGUUUCAUUAUUGGAUCAUUGAACUCAGCAAUCGAUCCUGUUGCUAUUUUGUCCAUAUUCCAAGCAUUAAAUGUCGAUCAACUACUCUAUAUGUUAGUUUUUGGUGAAAGUAUUUUGAAUGAUGCUGUUGCGAUUGUGUUAACAAAUGUUAUUGUAGAAUCAAAACAUCAAAUCAAAAAUUUGUCGUUUAAUUCAACAACGUUAAAAACUAUGGCCGUUAUUGGUCUUCUGACGACACCACAAACAAUCACAAAUUUUACGACGGACAAUUCAAUGUCAUUAGAAAUAGUCAAUCUUCAAAAUGAUAUCUUGGAACCAACAGAAAUCAUGUUGCCACAUAAACAAAAUAGUGAUGAACCAACAGAAACCAUGUUGCCACAUGAACAAAAUAGUGAUGAACAAACACCGUGGUGGUAUAAGGAAAAGGAACAUUAUGAUAUUGAAUAUGCAGAAGACCAACUAGCAAAUCAUGACGAUUAUGUUGAAAUGCACCCAAGACAUAAAAAACCAUCAAUAGAAUAUCCAAGAUUCAAGCGACAAUUAUUAGUCAAUAAUACAGACACAUUAUCUCAAUCAUCAUCAUCAUCAUCACCGACGCACAUAUGGGCAACAAUUAAGUCCUUAUUACAAAUAUGCAUAAAAUUUUGUCUCAUGUUUUAUUUGUCAGGUUUUAUCGGACUAAGUUUUGGUUUAAUAAGCGCUCUGCUAACAAAAUAUUUAAAUUUUGAUAAAAGUGCAUUAUCAUUAGAAAUUUCAUUUAUGUUUAUACUAUCAUAUGGUUCGUAUAUGUUUGCAGAAUUAUUAAAUUUCUCCGGUAUUAUGUCAAUAUUAGUUUGUGGUUUAACAAUGAGUCAUUAUACACAUGAAAACUUAUCAACGAAUGGAAGAAAAUCAAUACAAACACUAUUCCGUACGAUUGCAUUUCUAGCUGAAACGUGUGUAUUUGCCUAUCUGGGUUUAGGCAUAUUUGAAUAUAAACAUGAAUUUCAUUUAAAUUUAAUUAUAUGGACAAUUAUUUUAACACUUAUUGGUCGUGCAGCACACGUUUUUCCGUUGUCAUAUAUAUUAAAUUGUUUUCGAUCAAAACCACUACAAAUAACGUUACCAAUGCAAUUUAUCAUGUGGUUUAGCGGAUUACGAGGCGCUAUAUCCUAUGCAUUAUCGGUACAUGUAGGAAAAUAUUACAGUAAAGAGGAAGAAGAAAUGAAACGUAUUGUAGUAACAACAACGUUAAUAAAUGUUUUAUUUACCAUAUUAGUUUUGGGAGGUUUAACUAUGCCCGUUGUUAAAUAUAUGAAGAGAUAUAUGCCAUCAAGUUAUCAACAAGAAAUAAACAAUGCUGAUGAUGAUGAAGAAGGGGGAACGCUUGUGAGUAAAACGAGAUUGUACGAUGAUAUAUUGAAUAAUGACGAAAAUUCUUUUAAACAACGUCGAAAAAUUGGAAAUGAUAACGAUGAAUAUGAAAUACAAUUUAUGAGACCAAAUCAAUUAAGAGGUCUAGAAAAAAUUAAUGAAUAUUAUAUUAAACCACUACUACUAAGAAAAGCAGAGCGUAAUUCUGAAACAAGUACCACUGUAUUCGACAAUAUCAUUAAUCAUCGUGAUGAUCGAAAACCAUUAUUAGAACAAGAAACAAUAACAGAAAAUAAUCACAGAAAACGAAAAAAACGAAAUAAACUUGUCAAAAAAUCAAAAUCAAAUAUUGUAACAAAAACUGAUCAGUUUGAUUCAGUAUCAAUUAGUGAUGGCGAUGAUGAUGCGGAAAAUGAUAUUUUAGUUGUUUCACAUCUUCAGCAAAAAUAUGAUGAUUCAAAAACUACUGCAGAUACAACACUCUCAAGAGAAAAUCGAACAAGUUUGAGUACACUACCACCAGAUGAAGAUGAUUCUUAA